AUGGACCUCGCAAGCACGUCAACCGUCCCGGAUCCCCGGAGCCUGAACCUAAACUUGAACAUGGGCCUCGACCACAACCUCGACUCCAAUAACUCGUCGCCCAGUCACCGCCAUGACGAGCUCGCCUCGACUUCUCCUUCCUCUGACUACUUCAAGAACACACCGACUUUCACCGCUACUGCCGACGUAAACUCCACACCACUCUCCUCCUCCACCUCCCAUCACAACCACAACCACAACCACAACCACACACUUGCUCCCAACGCCGCUGCCGCCGCCAACGAUGUGACUACUGUGAACCAUCCAUCCAGAGACAACUGCGACAGACGGAGACCUGACGAAGGAGAAGUCUCAAAGUUCCCCGCGAACAUGCCUACCCAGCUCGUCGGCCAGACAGUUACCCCCUUCCUCCGAGAACACAUCCCCGGCAUCUACGCUCCCAUCGGCAAACCCGAUGUCCAAAACGAAAACAACAACUCCCUCAUCCAGAAGCGAGACCCUACCAACAGCAAGUUCUGUUAUCGUCACCGCCCCGACGCAAAGUGUCGUCGCGCGGCCGACGAGUCCAAGAUGGUCUUGAUUCAAAGUGAACUCGAUAAGCUGCCGUCUGCCGAUCAGCAAGCCAUCACACACGUGUGGUCCCUCUUCUCCGCCGCCCCCGCCAAGCACCGCGACCUCAUGCUCCAGGGUAUCAUCACUCAAUGCUGCUUCCCUCAACUGUCCACCGUUUCCCGAGAAGUACACGAACAGCUGAAGAUUGACUUCAUGGCUGCGCUGCCGACCGAGAUCUCAUACAAGGUUCUUGGCUACCUCGAUACUGUCUCCCUCUGCAAGGCCGCUCAAGUCAGCCGAAGGUGGCGGGACCUCGCCGACGACGACGUUGUCUGGCACCGCAUGUGCGAGCAACAUAUUGACCGCAAGUGUACCAAGUGCGGCUUUGGCCUUCCCCUCCUGGAGCGUAAGAGGCUACGAGACUGGAACAAGCAAAAGGAACUCGCCGAAGCCAGGAGCCUGCAACAGGAUGCUGCCGUACAAGAGGUUGAAGAGGUUGAAAAGACCCCGACAGCCUCGUCGCCCAACGCCAACAAGAAGCGAGAACUAGUUGUCCUCGACGACAGCCGAAAGCGUGCUUGCCUGAGCGACCCGGGCGAGCCCAUGGCACCCAAAGCCGGGGCAGACAAGGAGCGAGAACGUCUCAUUCGGCCGUGGAAGAGUGUCUACCGUGAUCGUUUCAGGGUUGGCUUCAACUGGAAGUACGGUCGAUGUCACAUCAAAACCUUCAAAGGACACGACAACGGCGUGACCUGCUUGCAAUUCGACGACGAGAUUCUUGCCACGGGAUCCUACGACGCCAAGAUCAAGAUUUGGAACAUUGAGACGGGAGAGGAGAUUCGCACUCUGAGCGGGCACACGAUGGGCAUCCGUACCCUCAAGUUUGUCGGCAACAAGCUCUUCAGCGGUAGCUUGGAUCACACAGUCAAGGUGUGGAACUGGCAGACGGGUGACUGCAUCAGCACGCUACGUGGCCACAGCGAAGGUGUCAUCACGGUCGACUUUGAUGGAAAGUACCUCGCAUCGGGUUCCAUCGACAAGUCGAUUAAGAUCUUCAACUUUGACAGCAAGGAAACGUUCUGCCUCCGUGGCCACGAGGACUGGGUCAACCACGUCCGCCUGGACCCUGGAUCGCAGACGCUCUUCUCAGCCUCGGAUGAUUGCACUGUUCGACUUUGGGAUCUGCGGAACAAGACAUGCAUCAAGACCUUCGAGGGCCACAUGGGUCAAGUGCAGCAGAUUCUGUUGAUGCCGGAAGACUUUGAGCCCGAUGAAGAGGCACUCGCUGGUGAUGGCGCCGAUAACGUGUCAGUUCACAGCGGCAGCGGCCGGAGCACGACGCCGACGGCGUUUGCCAACGUGGCGUCGAUUCUCGGCUCUUCUUUCGGCGGAGGAGAUUCCGGUUCCCCACCGGAGGACGACCGGACGUCGUUUGGUUGCGCCUUCAACUCGGACCCCACCCGGCAGCUGCCGCCCCGCUAUAUGCUCACCGCCGGUCUCGACAACACGGUCAAGGUGUGGAACAUUCACACUGGCAAAUGCCUCCGUACCAUGUUCGGUCACGUCGAAGGUAUCUGGGGCCUCGUCGGUGAUACUUUGCGUAUUGUCACCGGCGCCAACGACUCCAUGGUCAAGGUCUGGGAGCCCAAGAGCGGCAAGUGUGAGCGCACCUUCACUGGCCACUCUGGCCCCGUCACCUGUGUGGGCUUGACCGACAGUCGCAUGGCCAGCGGAAGUGAAGACGGCGAGGUGCGCCUGUACAGCUUCGAGGCAGAAGCACCUCUCCUCGAGGAAUGUGGUACUCCAGCAUAA